CGGCGGCGGCUCCUCAGUGUCCGGCUCAAGCUCCGGCUGCAGCUCCGGCUCGCGAUGCCCCACUCGGUGACCCUGCGCGGCCCUUCGCCCUGGGGCUUCCGCCUGGUGGGCGGCCGGGACUUCAGCGUACCCCUCACCAUCUCGCGGGUCCAUGCUGGCAGCAAGGCUGCCCUGGCUGCCCUGUGCCCUGGAGACCUGAUCCAGGCCAUCAAUGGUGAGAGCACAGAGCUCAUGACACACCUGGAGGCGCAGAACCGCAUCAAGGGCUGCCAUGACCACCUCACACUCUCCGUGAGCAGGCCUGAAGGCAGGAGCUGGCCCAAUACCCAAGAGGACAACAAGGCUCAGGCACACAGGAUCCACAUCGAUCCCGAGGCCCAGGAUGGCAGUCCAGCGACAAGCAGGUGGCCCUCAGCCACGGGGCUUGGGCCGGAAGAUGGCAGGCCAGGCCUGGGAUCUCCUUAUGGGCAGUCACCUCGCCUCCCAGUCCCUCACAAUGGCAGCAGCAGUGAGGCUACUUUACUGGCCCAGAUGGGCACCCUGCACGUGUCUCCACCCCACAGCACUGACCUGGCCAGAGGCCUUUCGCGGAGCCGCGACUGCGGAGUAGACCUGGGCUCAGAGGUGUACAGGAUGCUUCGGGAGUCGGCCGAGCCCACGGCUGCGGAGCCCAAGCAGUCAGGCUCCUUCCGCUACUUGCAGGGCAUGCUAGAGGCCGGCGAGGGCGGGGAACGGCCCGGGCCUGGCGGCCCCCGGAACCUCAAGCCCACGGCGGGCAAGCUAGGCGCUCCGCUGAGCGGCCUGCAGGGGCUGCCGGAGUGCACGCGCUGCGGCCACGGCAUCGUGGGUACCAUCGUCAAGGCGCGAGACAAGCUCUACCACCCCGAGUGCUUCAUGUGCAGCGACUGCGGCCUGAACCUCAAGCAGCGCGGUUACUUCUUUCUGGACGACCGGCUCUACUGCGAAAGCCACGCCAAGGCGCGCGUCAAGCCGCCUGAGGGCUACGACGUGGUGGCGGUGUACCCCAAUGCCAAGGUGGAACUCGUCUGAGCCGCUCCCGGAACCUCCCGUCCCCGCCUCUGCUUUUUUUAAUGUCCCCGCGCACCCGUGUAAAUAUGUUUGCGCCCUGCCUCUCUAAUAAACUCCCUCUGCUUGGCCUCAACCGUGUCGGUGCCCUGGCCUGCCUCCCUCCAGCACAGGCCAUGGCUCUCGAGUGCUACACCUGUUCAGGUGCCAAGCAUUUUCUUAGGCACUGGGUGCAAGGGGGAGCAAGACAGGUACUGUGCUGCCUUCAAGGAAGCCACAGCCUGGGUGGAUGGUAGACAUGAAUCACAAGGGCAGUGCUGUUAAUAGGGAAGCGAGGUCUGAGGUGCUAGAAGGGGACGUCAUGCCAAAGGGUUUGAGCUGGAUGGAGUCAGGGAAGGUGUCAGCUGAGAACUAAGGGAUGAGGGAGGGAAGAGCUCUACAGGGUGAGGAACUGUGUGCAAAGAUAUGUCAAAGGCGAGCACAGGCAGCAAAGGCCCCGUGUGGGCACCAGCACGAGCGCGGGCGGCCCCUAGCAGCCGCAGGAGGGACUGCCCCGCGGGGGAUAGGACUGGGGAGAUAACCGGUUUGGCUGGGGGCGGUAUCUGCCUCCCGGCAAUCUCAGCAUUUCUUUCUUCCGGGUUUCUUCCCGUCCUCUCCGAUCCCCCCGCCCCCGCCCCCCCCAAUGUAUUCUUUCCUUCUUUCUCCUUUCCCACUCUCCCCACCAGGGAGCGCGCAGGGCGUGUGUGUGUGUGUGUGUGUGUGUGUGUGUAAGAUUUUAGUAGAAAGAAAAGAACACUCGCCUCCAGAGUACACGCCACUCCUUCUCGGAAGCCUGGCCUUUCACAGCUCGGUUGCACACUCCUGUAGAGACUCGCACUUUUAAAAAAUAUAAGUGGUAGCAGAGUUGGUGAAUUGUGGCUGUUCGCACUCGAUGACGCAUCUUGGACUCCGGGUCACGUGGAUCUACCCUCUCCUUAGGUUGCUCGGAAGAGGGAGCAGCCUCGUUUAUUUAGUGAGCCCCAAGUAAUGGACGGUUGUGCUAUAUUCAGUUUUGUACUAUCACAAACCACAAAAGACUGUUACUGUUGCAGCAAAAAUAGAAAUGAGACUCUUCUGAUAAACAAGGAAAAUAAGAAACAAUGAGCAGCCUGGGGAAACAGCAUAAACAGGCCUGAAAGAAUUAAGCAAUCUUGGUUAUACUUUAGCUGUUACUACUAACAAACACUUGUAGCUAGACUUGUCCUUCACAAAGCUAAGCAAAACUAAUUACUCUCUGAUUCCAUAUGAAUUGUACCCUGCACCUGGCACUUACUCUUGCUGCAUUCUCUUGCAGCAAAUCACCCCUCUUAGCUGUUUACAUUUCAGAAAGAAGGUCGCAGGCCGAUAACCCAGAGAUGAACAGACCCAAUUACCAGGCUGCCUGACGCCAGCAGUAACUUUUAAAAUAUUGCAAGAAGAAGAAUGCAAGACAUUCACCACUUUGAUCCUUUCGCUUACCCUGGACUGCGGGUUCCACCUAUAAGACCCCCUGUAAUUCCCUAGGACAGAGGGGCACAGUUCUUGAGGCACUGCCUGCUCUGUCUUCCCUUCUGCAUGGAAGAAAAAUAAAGCCAUCUCUCUCUUCCUCCAAAA